AAUUCAACUUCGAACAACACAAAUCAGUUGUGAAUUCCUCCUCAAAGUGUGAAGAAAGCAAAAAUGAAAAAUUAUUAUAUUAUUUGCUUGGGAUUAAUUUUAGUGGUUCAACAUUGCGUCACCUCACCGAUACCGGACGAUGAGCAAAUCGAUGAGCACAAUAAAUUAUAUAUAGAAGUCUUAAAAGACCUUACUGAGUUUGCACUUAAAACUGGAGAUGAACUCCGUGAAUAUGUGACGAGAGUUGUGGACGAAGUAAAGCAAGAUGACGAUAAGGAUUCUUCCAACAUACGCCAGGAAAAAUUGGUUAAAAAUUAUGAAAAAGUAAAGAAUAGCGAAGGCGACCCAAACAUGUUGGAUUUAUACGAACUAACAGGCGAUAUUAUUGAUUUCGCCACCGAUGAUUUUGCAGACAAGGAUGAACAAGCGAAGAAGUUUAUCGAAAAAUAUAAAGUUGUAGAAUUUAGUGAGAAAAUUCGGGAAGCGGUUACGAAGUUUUAUGACCAUAUAUCCGAAGAAUUCGAAACAUACGCCCACGAAUUGGACGAAACUCAAAAGCAAGAGCAACAAAAACUGUUCGACUGGCAUAAGGAUUUUAGCGGAACUAGUGAGAUAAAAGACAAAUUUAAUGAAAUUGUCUCCUUCUUUGAAUUAUUUAAGCCGACCGUGCCAAAGAAAUGAUAGCAACAAAAGAAAAAAAAGAUUUUUUUUAAUAAA